AUGCCUGCUCGAAACACGCUGUUUGCAACGGCUUGCGCUGCUCAACGUAGCAGUACGGAGCUCGUAAUUUACUCUCGUGACGCUCGUCAAUGUGUUGAGAUUGCAUAUCCAAUCUCCAGAGGUCUCCGCAUUGUACCCAGCGGAAUUGCAGCAUACUUAAUGCGGCGGCGCUGCUUUUGGGAGUGUUUUUGUGGCCUCGCGCACGACCGUCCCACUCCAGUACGAUUUGUCACUUCAGCGGUUGGUCACACAAAGGUUGUUUGUCAUUUUCGAGACCACCGCUGCAGAUUUUCCAUCAACCUUAACGAGACACACCAUACGGCGCUGCUCGAAUCCUCGUACCAUGACUUCCCAACAGAAGUUCAAGGAGAUGUUCCUGAUAUUGAGCUGUUGCUUACUGCCUUUCGGACUACCAUUACCGGACUACCAUUUGGCCACGCUGAAAUCGCGCCAUACUUUGUUAACUAUCUCGGCUCACACUCAUCAAUGCAUUUGCGGCCAUCUGCCAGGACUCAAAGCCUAUUACCCUUCUUCAACUUCGAAGUGACUGGAAAACAGCGCCAUCGUUCUGGAGGACAGACUUUGCAACGUACAUUUUCUCCACCCAUGAAGCUUUUUAUUGAGGAUUUGUUUUCCUUACGUGUACAACACAAGAGGUUUGGAAUCAAGGCUGGUAAAGACAUUCAGUUCGAUACCGAAGAUAUCUUCCGCGUGUUUGGUGCAAUUACAGAACAUGAGAUACAAGAAUGCAUCAAGGUUCACAAACAUCUCACGAUCAUCGUCGGGCUUUCCGGGAAUAUGGCAACCAGCGAGGCUGAGCAGUUUGGCUCUUCUUCUAAUGAAAACCAGAAGCUUCAACCUACUACUGACAUUCAAAUUUGUCCUCGGUUCCGAAUUUUGGUGAUAUAA